AACGCGUAAAGUGCAUGCGUUUGUAGGGCCCGUGCCACGGCAUCACGAUACUGCAGCUCAAGGAAGCACUCUCACGACACACACCGCUCGACUAUCUACAGACAAAAUGACAACCAGACGGAAUGUCAGCGACGAGAAGUCGUAUCUCGACAAUGAUGGGCAGGAUGCUUCUGGACCCUCCGUCAUCGCGCCGGCCGUCCCAACAUCAGUCAUCGUCAAGCUCAUGAGCGCCACAUUCGCCAUGAUCACCCUUCCACUGGGAACCUACUUCUUCACAGUCAAUUUCGUCUUCAACGGCAACGCAACAUAUGCCGGUGGACUGGCCGCGCUCAUGGCAAACGUAGUCCUAAUCGGCUACGUAGUCAUGGCUUUCAUGGACGACAAAGCUGAGCAGGAAGAAGACGCCCAGAAAGCGAAGAAGGCAUUGUAGCACCACCAGCUCCACAUCAGUCUAAAGAGCAUGAGAAAGAUGAAUAAAUGCUUGCACGCCACAUCAUUAAAGAUUACUACAUAGCUGGUCUCAAGCCACUUCUGUAGCAGCUCACCUCUUAAAGAGUGACAGUUGCCAAACAUUGCAAAGAAACCCGUCCUGACUCCAACUUGCUGCAGCAUGUCAACGUCGAGGAUAAGAAUGACGUG